AUGAAAAAACAGGAAGCAUCACUGUGCGCUCAACAUGCCCUCAAUAUGCUGCUGCAAGGCUCUUAUUUCACUGCAGCUGAUUUAGCUGAAAUCGCUUCCGAUGUCGAUAGGCGUGAGGGCAGCGUUAUGAAUGUGCGCGAUGCGAUAAGCCAAAAUAUGGACGAUUCUGGGUUCUUUUCAGUGCAGGUAAUCGCAGAAGCACUUAAAGUUUUUGGCCUGGAACUGGUUUCUCUGAGCAGUCCUCGUGCAACAUCGUAUCGCGAUAAUCCAACGCAGGGCCGAGCGUACAUAUGCAACUUGGAUGAACAUUGGUUCACGGUUCGUCGACUCGGCUUUCAGUGGUUUGCCUUGAAUUCGCUGUUGCCAACGCCGCGCCUGAUCUCGGACACAUAUCUCAGCCUAUAUUUUGCUCAGUUAAUCAAUGAAGGUCUCGUUGGUCAGGUGUGA